ACACAGUGUAUUGGUGUGAUGCGUGCGGCGUGGGCCUCUGCAUUGAGUGUUUCCGCGACUACCACACACGGCUGAAUUUUUAAGGCAAUGCUAGCAAUGCUGAAGCAGUUAAAGUGGCACCAUCUGCUUUUGGUACAUGAUGCUGGUGCCUACAGCACCCGUCUGACUCAUUUAUUAAUGCAACUUGCAGCUGCCAAUGAUAUUUGUAUAUUAUCCUCAGUGCAGUAUACAUACAUGGAAAGAGUAAAUCAUGGUGUGGGUGAGGAUAUCAAAAACUCAAAUCAGAAUAUUGUACAGUCAUUAUUAUCAGGAAAUAAUUAUGGGAUUCCCGUUCUUAUAUUGAUGCAACAGACUUCUGUUCAGAACUUUGUGGAGUCACUUAAGGAUUAUAUUAAUCCAAACAGCACAAGCCCUCUACAGCUAUUUUUUUCAAACUUGCUUACACAUGGUGACAUCAGAUUCAUGCCAAAACAAGUUGCCAAAAUCUAUUCACUCUCAAUUCAAAGUGAUCAGUUACACAGUUUUGAGGAAUACUGGAAAGAUCGCAUUAGCCAUAUGAAGCAAAUAAGGACAUACCCAUCUCAAGAGAAUGAGUGGCUCUGGAGGUACUUACAAAGCCAAUAUUGUACUUAUAGCGAGUUAAAUUCUUCAGGGCCAUUUUCUUAUCAGGACUGUAUUCACAGUAUAGACAAGAUAAAAUCAGAAGAUGAUUUGCACAUUGCAUUAAGAGCAGAAGACAUUUUAAUAGUCAGUCAAUCAGUAGUUCUGAUGGCUCAAGCUUUGCAGUUAUCAUGGGAAGAUGUAUGUUUCAAUGGCAAGAGGCAUCCAUGCCCAGACUUAAUGAAAAUGUCACAUCCACAUUUUCGAGAGGCUUAUUUUACAAAAGUAUUACAAAACCAAAGAAGUGGUCUUACUUUGCCGCAACAAAAUAGAGACUGGUUAAAGGAACCAAGUUCAUUUCCAGAUCUGUUGUUGGUUGAAUAUCUUGGAAAUCACCAGCAUAGAAGUGUUAUAAAUCUACAUAAGGUGAUGGGCUUCAAUUCUAAGAAUGAACUGAAGAUACUGGAUGACAGUUUUGAACCACUUUCUACAGCUGAUGCUUGCACAGACUGUGGUUCAUGUCUUCAUGCAACAGUUGAUCGUACAAUUGCUGCAAGGCGUUUGGAUUCAACAGACUCUGCUGCACAGUUUUUGCAGCCAGCAUCACAUUCAGUGAAGUAUAAUGUACAGUACCAUUCAGAAGAUUAUCACAUUUUGCUUCGAUCUCCACAGAACCUGUAUGUAGCUGCUCUGUUUGCAGUUCAUGAAGGAACUACUAGAGACUCCUUGUUGCAAUGUAAAAGAGAUGAAGUGGAUUUAAAUGCCAUAAGACAGGUAGAAGCAUUUCUGUGGGCAUUACAUAAAGUGAAUGCACAACUUCUUCAUACUGUUGAUGGUUUACAGUUGGGGGGUUUACUCAUUGACACAUGCAACUCUAAAGUUCGAACGGUGAUGCUGGCUGCAGGUCUCGAUGCCUUCAACAACAGAAUGAAAAUGGGAGGUAAUGGUCACCAUAUUAUUGCUGUGGUGAACACUCUACCUUUACAAGAGUCAAGAGCAGCAAAUGAAAUCUUGUCAAGAAUGAAUAUUACAUCACUUUCAACAGGCCAAGCUGCUGCAGUAAUCGACUCCACUGGUAGCAAAAACCAGUAUAUCCUUCAGGUUGAAGCCCCUCUUUCAUCACUCGUAAAUACCAUUGUGGAUGUUUUGAAGUAUCUUGGAUGGAACUACAUUAGUGUUGUGUACUCAUCUGAGGAUGGUGAAUUUGCUGCAGGACACAGACUAUUCCAGGCUGCUGCUAUCAAAAAUGGAAUCUGUUUGGCACUAGAGGAAGGAAUAGCAGUUGACCUGAGUAUGAACAAUCACUCCUCUGCCAGUGGGAUGUUCUCUGGACUUGUGAAUCUGUUGGUGGAAGCUCGUGCUAGAGGUGCUAGGGCUGUGUUGUUGUGGACUUAUCCUAAACACACACAAGCUCUAAUGCAACAAAUUGGACAGGAAAUUGCUCAUGGAUCACUACGUAGAGAAGACUUAUUCUGGUUGAUAGCAAGCCCUAAUGGACAAGCUCCACAGAUCCUCCACAAAUUUGGAAAUAUUCUUGGUGGGGCACUCAUUUUCAGGCCACAUCACAGACCAAUACAAGAGUUUUUGCACCACCUGCAACAAAUUCAUUCUGGUGCUAAGGAAACCAAGAAUCCUUGGCUGCUCAAGUAUUACCAAGAGGGUAUAAUGUGUAAUGAUCCAGAAUGUAAAUUGCUCCUGGAGAUGGGUAGCCACCUAGAUUUUAACACUGUGCAAGCUGUGUAUUCUAUUGGUGCAGCAUUUGAAGCGAUAUUUUCUCAACUUUGCAAGAACAGUUCCAUUAUGGUUACAGAUGGCUCUUGUUUACAUACUUACACCAGGCUAGAUAUACAAAAAGCAUUAAAUCAGGAACUACAUAGAUCCUGUGCACAGAGGGCUGAUGGCUCAGUCAUUGAAGAUUUCAGAUUCACCAGCUCAGGAAUGGGAAAUAUUCCAGUAGAAAUGCUGAACUUGAGAGACAACUUUCGAGGUUGGAGAGGGACGCUGGGAGAUAUUUAUUUUGAGAGAGUUGAUCAGUUUCUUGAUAAUAAGCUGCGAAGUCUGAAACAUGUUGUGGCUUAUCAUGAUUCAGGGGACGAGAUACAAGUGACAUCACUGUCAUCUCAGUGUAGUGCUCACAGCAAUUGUCCUCACUGCAAAAGACAUUAUGAAAAUGUGUCACCGACUGACUGGGUAACCAUGAUGAAGCCCAAAGAAAACAAUGAACAAGGGAAGAGUCAAGAUAUUGUGUUGUAUAUAGCAGCCACACUAAAUGUCCAUGAAGCUUCACGAAACCCCCUUGAAUGUGGAGGAGAACUUAGCAAGCAAGGCAUAGAACAACUGGAAGCAUUUCUAUGGGCAAUUGAUCAGGUGAAUCGCAAUAACUCACGUCUCUCGUUAGCCGCCAUUGCUUUAGAUACAUGUGGAAGCAUUAUUAAAACUACACGGGAUGUUUCAAAUUUUCUUAACCAUGAAGGACGAAAUCUCUUUAAAAAUUUGAACAAUACAGACAUUAAUCUUGUUGCUUUACUGGCUGGUGGAGACACAGAACUGGCAGCAUCUGUAACAGAUGCAGUAGGUCACCUUGGAGUUGCUGUACUGGCCCCGCAGGCAGGUGGGCCGAAGUCUCAGCGCAAGAGAUAUUCCCCAUAUCCACUUCAGCUUGCACCUUCUAAUACUGUUCGUGCAGCCUGCAUUCUUGCUCUGCUUCAUCAGUUACAGUGGGACUGCUUUUCUGUUAUAUAUCAUCAGGAUGGGGUUGAAUAUGAAGACAUAUUCAGAUAUGUUGAAAAACAUACUGCCUCAUCUAUUCAGCUGGAGCUAACAUCAGCGAUUCCAAUCCCUCUUGGUUCCAUCAAUGUUACAUCUCUCAUACAUAAAAGUUUGAGGAUGCUCCGAGCACAGAAGGCAGAGGAAACUAGGGCAGUUGUUCUCAUGUUGCCACAUAAACAAACGGAGCUUAUAUUUAGAGCUGUGAAGGCUUUAGAGGAGGAGGGGAAGAUUCAACCAGGUGACUUUUCAUGGAUCAUGUUUGGAUCAGGAGAGAACUUUGAGUACAGUGCAGAGUUAUCUGGAUCAAUAGUUCUGCAACCCAGGGCUGGGAAAGUUCCUGAGUUUGAACACCAUUUUCAAAGUCUUAGUUUGAGUUCCAAUUCAUGGAAUCCAUGGUUUUCUGAAUUCUGGUCCAGUGUGUUCCACUGCAGGGGUGCCACUUGCCACAGUGAAAUCUUUCAUGACCUCCACAGCUACAAGUUCACACAUAGUCCUUUGAUAGUAAAUACCAUUAACUCUGUUCUUGCUAUUUCCCAUGCUUUGGGGACUGUGAGAAGAGAACUUUGUUCAGAUGACAGCAUAUGUGAAGGAAUGCAGGAUACUGCUAGGGUCCGCAGACGCCUAUUUGAAGUGGCACCGCAUAUGGCAUUCGUUGGUGUUGGUCUUAAUGCUGUGGCAUUUUCUAGUUCUGGAGAAAAUUCACAUGCCGAUAUUGAGGUGUUGAAUGUUCACCUUGCUGGAAAUAAAGGAAAACCAGUUUCUAUAGGUUAUAUAAGUGCCACAGGAAAGAUUCAACUGGAUCUCACAAAGAUGAAGUCGUAUAUGCAUGAUAACAGGACAGAGAUAUCUUCUCAGAUGCCGCGUUCUCAGUGUCAAGGCACUAAUGUUUCAAGCACUGGAAUACCUCAUGUUUUAGAGAUUGGCAGCACUUCAGGAAACAACAAAUUUAUGUUGGCUCUUCUUGGAGUAGCUCCUGUCCAUCAACAGGGAGCUGGACACUACAGUUGUGGCAGACUUCAUCCAACAGCCAUGCUGCACAUAGCAGCCCUACACUAUGCCCUGAGUCUGGUCAACUACAACUCUUUAUUAUUACCAGGAAUUGAACUAGGACUCAUCGUCUUUGAUAGCUGCUCAAGGCCUUCGCGUGCUUAUAAUUCCAUCUAUAACUUUUUAUCGUUACCAAGAGAAGCUCUUAAAGCAAUGACAGCAGGUGUGGAAAUCCAGACAAGACCAAAAGAUGUUGUGGCUGCUGUUAUAUUAGACUCAGCAGCUGCAGAAGCAGUCACACCUUUACUGCAAGCACAAAACAUUGCUCCAUUGGUAGUGCCUGUAGAAGCAUUUGCAACUCAACGAAUAGAGUUGUCUUCCGAAACAAGUGAGGAAUCAUCGCUGUUGAGAGAAAAUCUGAUCCAAGCAAUGAUGUCCGUUGUGCGGGCCACCCGUUCACAUUCCAUAGUAGUGAUACAUGGGAGAGAAGCUUGGGCUGAACUGCUAAACCAGCAGUUGCAGAAUUACUCACAGCAACACACUGAUUCACUUUGCCUUGCUGGUAUCUAUGCAUUACAUAGCAAGAAUACUGAAGCGCUAAUAGGAGCCAUCAGUUCCACUAAGCUAAUGGUUACAGAUGAUAUUAUUAAGACUUUAAGACCUGGUACCAUGGCAGUCCUUCUUCUUGAAGACCCUGAAGAAAUAAGGGCAUUUUUGGAAGUUUGUCGAUAUACCAGUGGACUGGUUUUUCUAACAGUUCUUGAACACUGGAACAUAAAUCCUUAUGCAGGUCAUACCAUAUUCACCUUACAUCAGGUUCUGGAAUUUGAAGAGACCAUCCCUGGGGCCACAACAGAAUUUCAAGAAUGGUUGAUUUCUAACAUUCUUUCAUACAAAGAUACAAAAUCAGUCCCUUUUCCAGCCACAUGGUUACGUGAAUUCCAAACACUCUACAGGCAAGACAAUAUAAGCCAUAGAAUUCAGCAGUUAUUUUCAACAAUUGAUUUUACAUCAAGUAUUCAGGAAACUAUUAAUUCCAUAUGGACCACUUCAAGCAGACUUCACCAGUUCUUCAGUCAUCACUGUGGAUGUCAUUUCGAAACAAAUGAUUUCCCUGAGUGCUUCGCAUUAAACAGAACAAAUAUUAUUCUCGCAAUUAGGGACUUCGUGCAAGCGGAAGUACUUCGUCUCCCCCCAGCAAUGAAGAAACAUCGUUCUAACAUGUUUAGCUUGUGGUCAGGAACACAGCACAUUGCAACUUGGGAGCAAGGAAUUGGAUUAAUUAUCUCAAAUACUGAGUACUUCCAGAAUUAUCAGUCAUAUUGCACUGGGAUUAACUGUACAGUUUGUGAUCAGAAUGAUGGAUAUUUCUCUAGGAACCACCAUUCAGUAUUAUAUGAGACCCACCACUAUCCCUGGGCAGCAGCCCUAGGAGGAUUAUCUCUAUUUGGAGCAUUCCUAACUAUACUUACUGCAUUAUAUUUCCUAGCUGCGGCAGCAUUGCCCAAAAACAACAUGUGUGGGGGAACGUCAGUGCUUGGUUACCUUAUUCUAUUGGGUCUGCUUCUCUUAUUCACUGCAAAUUUGAGUUUUGUAUUGACACCAACAGAAGCUACAUGUGGUGCACGCAGAUUUCUGCCAGGAUUUGCUUACACUGUGAUCUUUGCUGGAAUGUUGCUGAAGGUUUUUACAACAUGGCAGCUCAACAACAGUGCAGAGCCAUUGAUAAAUAUGUUGACUGUCCCAACUGGACUGCUUACAGUGGCCCUAGCAUUGAUGAUGAUACAGGUGCUGCUAACAGGGAGCUGGCUGAUCUUGCUUCCCCCACAAAUCUACAUGCUUGCUUCUAAGGAUACAUCACUUUGGCGUUGCUAUCCAAGUGGACAUUUUGAGUCACAUCUGCUUCUGUCUAUGGUCUAUGUAAUAUUGCUUGUUACUGCAACAGCAACUGUGGCACUCCUGUGUUGUUCUGGCUCUAAACUUGAUGUGGCUGAUGAGGACCAUUUGUGUUAUGAAGCACGCUGGAUUCUCUUGGCAUCAAUUGUAGUAGCCGCAGUGUUUACUUUUUGGGGAAUCGUAACAGUGACAAUGAUCUCACCUAGUCACUCUGAUUUGGCAUCAGCUGUUGCACAUCUGCUGGCUGCAAAAGUCCUCUUGCUAUGUUUGUAUGUGCCAAAAGUAUGCCUCUACAACCGUCUAAGCUCAGGACAAUCCUCACCUCAUGCAACUCUGCAGCAUUUCUAUGAAAUAUCUCAUUUUAGAUCACAAAAACUCAAAACAUUGCCAGCAGCAUUCAUCCCUCCUCCUCCUAUUAUUAACAUGGAACCCCCUCCAAUGGAAGACGAUAAUGGGUCACUGGAGGAUCCAACGCAGAUAGUCCCCUGUUCACUCUACUCACUGGACAUGUUUAGUCAGUCAUCCAGCAGUCAAGAAGAUAAUGUUGUUGAAGGAGAUAAUGAAAUUGGUGAACACUGUGAAGCUGGUACAAAUGAAUUCACAGCACCUCAGAGCAGUGUCAUAUUGGUUGACAGGAAAGAAAUUGCAAAACAUGAGAGGAAAUAUGCUUCUGGUUCCAUCUCUUCCACUACUAUGGCAGUGUGGUGAUACUGAGAAGACUUGUUGCCUGCAGAAGAUCAGUCAUCAUAUGUGUCAAGGAGAAACAAAGAAGGUUAUUGUUGAGACGUGUUAUGUCUCUCCUUAUUGAGACAUGCUGCUGAUUUCAUCUUUGUGAGGUAAAAGAUACCUGUUAAUGGUGGAGAACAGAAGAACUUCUUGUUGGCUACAGGCUACAAUUAAUUCUACCAGUAACUCUACUGUUGGCUUACCUGCCAGCCAAGCCAUUUUUCACAGUACACUAAUGGAUUGCAUUAUUUCACAUGAAAUUUCACUUCAUGAAAUUACAAAAUGUAGCUACAUGCACCAUCUAAUGAUAAUGUGUGCUGACCAACCUCAGAUGGAGGAGACAAACAGAAACUAGUUCAUCCCAUAAUCUUGUCAUCAUAAAUGGAUUAUUAAUACUCUGCACAAUUCAGUUUUCUUUGUAUUUUUGUUAAAGUUCUUAUUAAUGAGGAGAAACAAAGAGUGAACUAGUGGAGAACGCUUCUUCAUCUAGGAACUCCUGCUGAACAGCUACAACUCUGAUUGUGAGACUGAAGGUCCUCAUGGCUAUCAUUCUGAAGACUGCAUCUUCCAGGAUGAGAUGAGAUGUUUGAUAUAGUACAUGUAAUAACAUUUCUCUUAAAUGUUGGUACUUAUCUCCAAAAUUACAUUGUGUCACAUCCCAAAAUUUAAGAUCUAAUGACUUGUUUUGUUUGUCAUAUUAGUAGCAUAUCUGUAAUAUCUAAACCACUGAGGAGGGGAGGUGUGCAAACCUAAUUGUUUAACAUUGGGCUGUGUAAGGUAGAAACUGUGUAGGAAUAAUUUCCUUUAUUUCCUGCACAAAUGUAUUGAAGGGCCAAAAUACUGAAUAGUUUCACUUAGACCCUCCAGGUGCCUUAAAAUAGGUCAAAACUACUUCCAUGUUCUUCCCACUUCAUUAUUUAUAAUCAUCCUCUCAUUUCACAGUUUAUACCAUAUGCAGGUCAGGUGCGCCUAAACAGACUCAAAUAAAAUGCUUAUAACUAGGGCCCAGAUUUCUAUGACAUGUCAUAUUUUUUUCCUAGGGUUUAUUCCUAUUUUUAAAUGUAUUUAUGCAUGUUUCCAG